UAACAUGAACAGGAGAUAUUUAUGCGGAGGACUCGGUGGGUGGAAAUUAUUGCUGUUAAAUGAGUUUGGUACCAGCCAGCUAAGCCCAGUAACUGAAGCAGCAACAAAUAAACCAGCUAUUCUGUAGGAGAUAGGCCCACCUGUUGGUGCGAGUUUAAAACAUUCAGUGUUUGUUUUCAUCUAUCACGACCUCUGACAGCUGUUGUCGAGAUGAGGCCGCGACUAUUCUCACGGCAGCUAAGGGCUGCAAUGUCCUCCCAAGAUGAAGAUCCAUCACCUGCCCUGUCUGCUGUGCUGUCUUCUGCAUGGUCAGCCGCUUUAUCGGCUGCCGUGGCUGUCGCCAUGGCUGUUGACGCCAAAGCAGAUCUCGCCAGACUGUUGGACGAGUGGGAAGAGACACGGCAGGGUACCACAGAGCAACUGGUGUCCAUCUUAACAAGAAUAUCUGAGCUGAUUGAACAGGAGACAGAAGAAUAUUACAAAUCAGACCCUGAUCCCUUUGACGAUCGUCAUCCAGGACGAGCUGACCCAAACUGUAUGCUGGGGCAACUGCUGAGGAUGCUGUUUUUAAAUGAUGACUUCACUAAUUCGCUUUUGGACACGUAUAUCAUGAGCAGUCGAGACAUCAGUCUCAACACAGCAGCAUGUCGCCUCCUUCAGAACAUUGUUCCAGGCCUGGACACAGCUGUUGUCUUUGAAGAAAAGGAAGGUCUGGUUGGGAAGUUGUUCACGUGGGCCCGUGAAGCUGAGCGGCCAUUAUGCAUCUAUGCCACAGGCCUGCUGGCCAAAGCCAUGAGCAACCAGGAAGUGGCCACAAGCCAUAAAGAAGAAAAUGCUGAGCUGGUAUCCAUGAUGAUCAAACGUCUACACGAGUUGCAGUCUGCAGAGCACACAAGUUGCUCCAGUCCCACCCACACUGUCCGGAAUCUACCUCAAGACUCUCAGGAUGAAGCUCCCCAUACAUCGAAUGUCACAAAACAUCAGCAAAUCCAGACAGAAUUUUCUGAGGAAGAGACAGAAGAAAAAAAUGUUGCAGAGAGCAGCAGGUCGAUUUCAAAGGGCAAAUCUUUGGCCCAGAGAAUCAGUGAAGGUAGCAGCAGCUCAGCUCGCCUUCUUCCAAGUUUUGUGUACCAAGCUAGCCCACAACUGACUUCGAAGGAGAAGGACGACACUCAGGGAGGAGAGGAAGGAGGAGGAGGGACAAAACAGGUUGAGAAUGGGAGGAAGACAAAACAGAAACUCCAGUUUACUACGUCCCCCAGCGGGACUGAAGACGAGGCUGAGGGGACUGCUACCAGCGAGAAGCCAAGCGGCAGUUCAUCCUGGUCUGAGAUGAGCUCCAUUCUGAUUGGCUCAGAGUACCGAUUGUUGCCGCUGAGCCCAACCAUGGAGCAGAGACUCAUCCUGCAGUAUCUGACACCACUUGGAGAUUACCAGGAGCUGCUUGCAAUCUUUAUGAAACUGGACACACGUUCACUGAUGAUGAACUACAUCGACCUCAGGAAGACCAAAAAUGUUCAGCUUACAUUUGAUGCCCUGUUGUAUCUCGCCUCACUUCUCCUUCAUAAGAAGUUUGCGUCUGAGUUCAUUGCUCAUGGAGGAGUGCAGAAACUCCUUGAGAUCCCGAGACCAUCCAUGGCAGCGACAGCCGUUUCUCUCUGCCUCUACUACCUGGCAUACAAUCAGGAUGCAAUGGAGAGGGUGUGCAUGUUCCCAGGGAAUGUGCUGACAGACCUGGUGUCCUAUGCUCUGUGGUUGUUGGAGUCCUCGCACGCUUCAGGCAUCUGCCACGCCACCAUGUUUUUCUCCAUUUCUUUUUCAUUCAGGGUGGUGUUGCAGCUCUUUGACCAGCUGGAUGGUCUACGCAGGCUGGUCAAUCUGAUCAGCACUUUGGAGAUCCUCAACACAGACAACGAUGCUCCACUGAUGAAUGAAGACCAGGUGUUCUCCAAUAGACAGACGGCUAAGCACACCUGCAUGGCGCUGCGCAGGUACUUUGAGGCUCACCUGGCAGUGAAGACAGAACAGAUGAAACAGUCUUUGCAUACUUCAGAAAGCGGCAUCAUCAUUCCUCAGCAGCCUCCUUACAAGGCAUAUGCAUAUACCAGAGAACAAAUAAUUGAGAUGAUGGAGUUUCUCAUCGAGUGUGGACCUCCUGAGGGCCCCUGGGAGCCAGUUCAAGUCUUCUACAAGUUGUCCUGUAUUCCUUUAAUGCUGCAGCUCAUAUCUGCUGCCUGUGACUGGAAGACAUACUAUGGCAGGAGUGACAUUGUUCGCUUUGCUUUGGACAUCCUAGCUAUCCUGACAGUUGUUCCUAAAGUCCAGUUAGUACUGGCUGAUACCGUGGAAGUUAUCGAUGAAAACAGGUCCCCUGUUCCCACUGUAGGCAUGAGCAUCAUUCUGGGUGUUGCUGAAGGUGAAGUGUUUCCCAAUGAUGCUGAGAUUCAGAAGUCUGCUUUGCAAGUCAUAAUAAACUGUGUGUGCGCUCCGGACCAAAGCCUCAGUGCUUUUGCUGUCGCCCCCCUCAGACAGCCUUUGCACCCUCAGCAGCCUCCUCCCACCCACAACAGGGUGCUGGCCCACAUGUGGCAAGUAGUGCAGAAUAAUAACGGCAUAAAGGUGCUCCUGUCUCUGCUGUCGGUGAAGGUUCCCAUCACAGAUGCAGACCUGAUCCGAGCUCUGGCCUGUAAGGCUCUGGUUGGACUCUCUCGUUGCUCCGCCAUCAGGCAGAUCAUCAGCAAGUUGCCACUGUUCGUCAGUGGUCACAUUCAGCAGCUCAUGAAGGAGCCGGUGCUGCAGGACAAACGGAGUGAACAUGUCAGCUUCUGUCGCUACGCCGCCAAACUGACGGAGCGAGUGUCUGGCAAGCCCCUCAUCAUGGGCGCGGAGGUCUCGCUGUCUCGCUUACAGAAAGCCAACGUUGUCGCUCAGACUCGCAUCACGUUUUCUGAGAAGGAAUUGCUCAUUUUGAUUAGGAACCACCUUGUUGCUAAAGGACUACACAACACAGCAAAUACCCUAGUUAAAGAGGCAAACCUACCUGCAGCAUCUCUCUUUCCAAACUCCGCCUCCUCAGGUGUCACCCCUACAUCCUCCAAUUCCAAAUCUAGGACUUGUCGGUUUGCUGGUGGUGUCGCAGCUCGUGUUGCUGCCAAUAUUGGACCCUCUCCCUUGUCCUCAGGUAAUUCAGCCCCUUCUACUCCCUCCACAUCUCGUUCUUCUGCCAUUCCUCACUUGUCAGGCUCAUUGGUGUCUACCUCAGCGGCUCCUAAUACUCCUCCUCAUCCUGGGCAAAGCUCGCAUCUUGUUGGACGAAUUUUGUUCUCUCGGGAACGACCAGCGGCCAGCUGCGGCUCAGGAAAAAAGCUGCGUGCUCUUAGACAAAAGUCUGACCAUGGUGCUUUCAUACAGACCCCAGCUAUGAAAAAGCAGCUGGAGCGCCACUUGCCUUCUCCGCCGACCCUUGACAGCAUCAUCACAGAGUACCUGAGAGAACAACACGCCCGCUGUUCGAAUCCCGUCACCACCUGUCCACCUUUUUCCCUUUUCAACCCUCACCGCUGCCCAGAGUCCAAACAAAGGCGACAGGCAUCACCCAAUUUCACCGCCCGUCUGGGCAGCAGGAUGCUAUGUCCGAAGUACCGGGGUGUGGACAGAGGAAGUCUGGAUAGACAGCUAAUAUUCAGCAGGUUUCGCCCCGUGUCAGUUUUCCGUGAAAACAAUGGAGGCGAUAGCAGUUUCACCUGUUGUGCCUUUUCGGCCCGCGAGCGCUUCCUGAUGCUGGGAACGUGCUCCGGUCACCUCAAGCUUUACAACAUCUUCUCCGGAGAGGAGGCGGCCGACUACACCUGCCACGGAUCGGCCAUCUCUCACAUCGAGCCUUCCCGGGAUGGUAACUUUGUUCUUACCUCUGCUUCGUGGAGCGUCCCUCUGUCAGCUCUCUGGAGUAUGGACAGUGUUUUUACGAUGAAGAACUCCUUUGGAGAAGAUCAUUACGUUGAGUUCAGCAAACUCUGUCAGGACAGAGUAAUUGGCACUAAGGACCAGGUUGCACAUAUCUAUGACAUACAGACAGGUCAGGAGGUCCUGACCCUGAACGACCCCGCAUUGGCCAACAAUUACAAGAGGAACUGUGCCACCUUCAACCCCACUGACGACCUGGUGUUAAACGAUGGGGUGCUGUGGGAUGUGCGAGCAUCACGGGCCAUCCACAAGUUCGACAAGUUCAACAUGAACCUCAGUGGGGUUUUCCAUCCAAACGGCUUGGAGGUCAUCAUAAACACUGAGAUUUGGGACCUGAGGACUUUCCACCUGCUGCACACUGCUCCUGCUCUGGAUCAGUGCCGGGUGGUCUUUAACAACAAUGGCACCAUCAUGUAUGGAGCGAUGCUGCAAGCUGAUGAUGACCAUGAUGUCAUGGAUCAGCAGGUGACAAGUCCCUUCGGCUCAUCUUUCAGAACAUUUGAUGCCACGGACUACAAGCCUAUUGCCACACUAGAUGUGAAGAGGAACAUCUUUGAUCUGUGCACUGAUACCAAAGACUACUACCUGGCUGUCAUAGAGAACCAGGAUGCGGUGACCAUAGAUACUGUAUGUCGCCUUUAUGAAGUUGGACGACAGAAGUUAGCAGAAGAAGGAGAUGAUGAUGAUCAAGAUGAAGAUCAGAAUAAUGACUCCUCAGACACAGAUGAUGAUGACGAUGAUGACGAUGAUGAUGACAUGGAUAUAGAGCCCCUCAUUGAAGAACUUGCAAAUGAAGAAGAACAGGAGGACCAGGAGCAAGCUGACUUGCCUGUAGAUGAUGCGAUUGAGGCUCUUCUUGGCAGUAGUAGUGGUGAUGAUGGUGAUGAUGAUACUGAUCAUGACUCUGAAACUUUAGACCAUGGAGGAUCAUGGUUUGGAGAAGAAUCAGAUGAUGACGACCCUGACAUGUUUGGAUCCUUGCCUGACUUAUGGUUUUAAUGAUGUAAGAGUAGACGCUCCGCCCUGUGAAUCCCUCUUAGAGAAAAUGCCAGAAAAAAGGGUAGCAAAAAUGUAAAGUUUUCAUAAAAGGAUCUUGACUGGCCAUUCAUUUUCCAUUUCUUGUUCCUAUUGGAGUGAUUCUAAAAGAUUUGGAAAUAUAUAUAGCUUUUUUGUCUCUUUCCAUUGGCUAAAGAUAGCACCUCUAAUUUCUACCAGUAUAUGCAGCGAAACCACAAAUACACCCAGUUAUGAGAGCUUGGUGAGAAAGUAGAAAAUUGGGAAAUAAAUUACAAAAGAAAAAAAUUCUUGAGAAAUUUAUAUUUUUCACCUUUUUGAUUUAAGCAUUGUUUUAUUGAAUAGUAGCUGAAGAGCAUUUUUUAAAAUUAAAAAUAACCUGCAGAAAUUUCUUGAUUUGCCAGGAAACAAAAAAUAUUGAUCCUGAUGUCAUCAGCUGAUAUAAUAAUAAUCUUUUGUGCUUAAAAGCUUAUUUUCUCAAAGAUUUGCCUCACUUGGGUGUUUGUUGAUGUUUUAAUCAGAACAUCAACAAAAAUAAUUUGAAGCGCUUUCAUGUCCUCUGUCUAUGUAAGAAAUGUGUUCAUGUGAGCAAAAAUCUGAAAUUUUAAUAUGUACUAAUGAAGCUAGAGGUAGGAUCUUAAGAAUAUGAAACCUAAUGCUUGUCUUGCAACAGAAUGCAUUCAGAAAAAAACAUUUGAUAGAGAAAAGUAAAUUGAGUCUCUCUAGAUAAUUUUGAUGAUAAAGAUCCAGAGUUGAUCCUUAUGGUGAUCUAAUAGUUAAAAAUAUGUAAUUACUGUUAACUUUUCCUUGAUGGGGAACUUGUUAAGAAACCAAAUAUUACCUCUACCACAUUUCCGUUGUUUUUAGUUAUUCUAACAAUUGGAAAAGUUUCAGUAAGCUACAUGACCCAAUUUCUCCACCAGAUGGCAGUACAUCCCACGCUUGAGUUGACAAAAAUAUUCUCUAACCCAGUACAUUUCACGGUUUAUUGUUUUUUAAAUACUGUUUAAUUUUUAAGUUAGUGUUUUAUUGUUUUGUAGGUUUCCAAGGCUAGGCUUAGGAAAUAUUUUUUGAAUUGAUUAUUUAUUUUGGUGUAUCUUUGUUGAAUUUUACAUUUGAGCAAAAAUGAUGCUGUUUUUUUGUUGUUGCUUUUUUUGCUCAUACCCCUCAGGUAACUGGAAGCAAUAAGCAUAUGAGUGUAAAACCGAUCAAGCUGGUUAGAUAACUACAAGUCUGCAAAUGUUUUUUAUAUAUUUUAUUUGAACAGAAAUUAUUUUGAGGUCACAUAUGUGAUUGUUUUGUCUCCAGCAGAAUGUCUGUGUUGUUAUUUAUGAGCCAAAAUUAUUUUUGAUAUUAUCAGAAGAUAAUGUUGCUGGCAAAAGAAAAUGACUUUACAUUCUUUUACACAUUCAACCUGUAAAGGCAAAAAUGGUCAAAUAAUUCAAAUGCUUCCUUACUUAAAGGAAUACACUUUAAAACAGUGUUAAACCAUUUGCGUUGAGACUGGUUGACUUCACUUGGAGUUGUGUUUGUAUAGUUUUAUAUGACAGUCUGUUUUCCACAUUAAACAAUCAUUUUACUUUUGUACCCAUACUUUAAAUUGACCUUUUGUGGGGGGAUAAAAAGUACAAAAUCUGUCAUGAUUACGGGUCUGUAAGAGUGCCAGUUGUUUACACAUAUUUAAGACAGCAUAGGCCGAUAAUGUGAUUUAAAAUAUGCAAAUCCUUGAAGCCUUUUGUACCGUUUUCAAACUGUUGUGUUCAAGUUGUGAAACUGCAUAAAACAAUUAGCAAUAA